AUGUCCACUUUUUAUCCUUUUCUGUUGACCACCGUUAUUGUUGCGAUAUUUUCUUCGACAUCGAUCAUAUGUGAUACGCUUUCCUUUGACUCCACAAAAAGCCUCAUUUCAAAAAGCAAUCUUGGCUACUAUCCACCAGCGGAACCAGAUUACCCACCAAUAACCGCAUAUCCUCCAUCUGCAAAGUUACCAGAAAGUAGCAGGUUCUGGUUUGGAGAACAAGAAUUAGAGAUAUCCCCGAAUCCAGACCAAGGUAAAAUCUACGGUGAUAAAUUGUCGGUACGGGUUAGUUCGGUGCCACAUCCGGAUAACUUCAACAGCAAUGAUGAUGCAUCAGAAGCAGGAACUAUCAGCAAUCCAGCUCGCUACUUCUUACAUGGAGCUCACUUUGAAAGGAUCAAACCACCGACAUGUCGUUUGAUAUCGUGUCAUGGACCAUACCCAAACGAUGGUAGUUUAUUGAUUAACAAGGAAAAGGGUAAUUCAAAUGAAGAGUGCGAACAGAUCUUUGUUCAGAUGAAUGGUUGUGUGGCUCAUAAGGGCUAUCCAAUCGGUAUGGUAUGUACUAUUUGUUGCCAGUGUACCAAACAAUUAAUAAGUGAAAUGAGUCAUUCUCGAGGUUUUCUAAAAACUGAUUGGUUAACUAGAGAAAGAUUUACAUUUAUUUAA